CGCGGUGGUUCGCACUCGCGUCGCUCAGCACUCGCAGGCGAGUCGAGCCGAGCCGGCGCGCGCGCGUAGACCGCUCAUCGCGCGCGACGCGCGGACCAGACCGUCCGCGCGAGGCGACGCGACGUUCAUAUCAUCAUCCGUCGUCGCGCGCGGAGCAAGACUGCUUCCCAUACGACCCCGUUCGCGUGGUGAACGCCGAUCCUUAAGGACUCCUCCUCCUCCGCCUCCGCUUUCUCGGCGAACGGUCCCGCUCGCGCGCGAUGGCCGCCGCCGUGGCGGACGACUGCUACAACGAGCUGACGAUGAGCAUCAACGUCAGCGACGGGGAGGAAGGGCAGCAGCUCCUGAAGGACCUGCUGUGCGAGCGAGGGCUCAAGGUGAUCGAGGUGUACGCGGAGUGGGCGGGGAGAUGCAACAGCGUGAUCCCGCUGCUGAAGCGACUCAAGCUGGAGAAGGACUACACGCAGGAUUGCAUGGUGGUCCUCCACUGCAAAGCGGAGUCGCACGAGCUCUUGGAGGAGUACCGCGGGCGGUCGAUGCCGCACUUCAUCUUCUACCGAAACGGCGCGAAAAAAGCGGUCGUGGAAGGGGCGAACAUGCCCGCGAUCGAGAAGCACGUCCAAGCGCACACGCCCAACGCCCCGGACGCGGAUGAUUUGGAAGAGAACCCGAUGUUGAUCAAACGGAAGGAAGAGAAAGCCGCGGAGGCGCAGCGGCUUCAAGACGAGCUCAACGCCGCGGCGGGGAAGUGAUCUGAUCGGGACGGCGGGGACGACGCGACGCGCGCGGGCGAAGGUGAGAUGACGAGAUGUCAGCGACAGAACGAAUCCGUCGAAGGAUAGAUCCGUCGAUCGAUCGAUC